UGGCUGUGAGUGUGCCAUGCAUUGCCUGAACAUGCGUCGUGGACGCGUGCUUACCUUUGGCCGCCUCCGAGCUCUGCGCAAAGAAAGCAAAGGUGAUGGUAAGAAUCAGCAGGGCUGACACGACGAUCCGCUGAAGAGAAGACAUGAUGCCUGGAUGACCACAGUCUAAUUGGGGUCGUGGGGUUUUAAGCACAGAGGAGCAAUGGUGGCCGCUUCCUGAAACGUGGUGCGUUCCCGCGAUAGGCGUCCUUAGUCAGCACCUUUCCGCUUUGCUCUCUGGCGAUCCUGGUCAAACAGCGCCGUUCAAACUUUGACGCCAGCACAGCAGCAUAGGCUGCGAUCCUCACAGACGACAUGCCUUUCAUCUCCAAUAUCAACUUCACCGAAGGGACGCUCGUCAAGCGAUCCCUCGAGACUUUCUUUGGCAUCGGCCCUAAAGUGUCGCAAAGCAUCAUGGCGCGCUUCCACAUCCAGCCUUGGGCGAAGGUCGGCAGCCUCAAGGCCAGCACUCUCCUCGACCUGACUGCCGAGCUGUCAAACAUGAAGAUCGAAAACGACCUACGAAGAGAGAUCCAGGACAGCAUCAUACGAUUGAAGGAUAUGGGAUCGUACCGAGGACGACGACAUGCGAUGGGGCUGCCCGUGCGCGGACAGCGGACGAGAACACAGAUUGCGACUGCGAGGAAGUUGAACAGGACGCUCCGAGGCGGAGACGGAAGAUUGGGGAUGUAAAGAUGGCGACCCGCCUUGCACGAUAUUGUAUGACAUUGUAUAAUAUUGUAUAACAUCAACCUACCCUUUGAACCCCUCGGGAAAGGUGGCCAUCAUCGUAUAUUCCGCACGUUCCUCCCAGCCUUGCUAUCGACUAGAUCG